AAACAAAUGAAAAGGUAGUCGGCCGGUAAUAUUUCUUAGCAACGAGAAACAAUUAUAACUUCUAGAAAGUUUCUACAGAAGAAAAUUCCUAUUAAAAAGUAAGUUUGGUGCAAGAGAAAUAAAAUACUAAAAAUGGCUGAUGGUGAUAAGAUUGAAGUACGCGAUAUUACGCGCAUCGAACGCAUUGGCGCGCAUUCGCACAUACGCGGUCUAGGUCUGGACGAUGUGCUGGAAGCGCGUGCUGUGUCACAAGGCAUGGUUGGCCAAAAAGAUGCACGCCGUGCCGCUGGUGUCGUAGUACAAAUGGUGCGUGAGGGAAAAAUAGCUGGGCGUUGCAUAUUACUGGCGGGAGAACCUAGUACAGGUAAAACGGCUAUUGCUGUUGGCAUGGCACAGGCUUUGGGUACCGAAACGCCAUUCACCAGCAUGUCUGGUUCGGAGAUAUACUCGCUGGAGAUGAGUAAAACAGAGGCACUAUCACAGGCGCUACGCAAAAGUAUUGGUGUACGCAUCAAAGAGGAAACAGAAAUUAUUGAGGGUGAAGUUGUGGAGAUACAAAUUGACCGGCCAGCAACGGGUACUGGUCAAAAAAUUGGAAAGGUUACUUUAAAAACGACAGAAAUGGAAACAAAUUACGAAUUAGGCAAUAAGAUCAUAGAGUGCUUCAUGAAAGAAAAAAUACAAGCGGGCGAUGUUAUCACCAUCGAUAAAGCUUCCGGCAAAGUUACUAAGUUGGGUCGUAGUUUCACGCGUGCACGCGAUUAUGAUGCCACCGGAGCACAGACACGUUUCGUGCAGUGUCCGGAAGGAGAAUUACAGAAACGUAAGGAAGUCGUGCACACCGUCACUCUGCAUGAAAUCGAUGUCAUCAAUAGUCGUACGCACGGCUUUCUCGCGCUAUUCUCCGGCGACACUGGCGAAAUAAAGCAGGAAAUACGUGAUCAGAUCAAUAAUAAAGUACUAGAAUGGCGUGAGGAGGGCAAAGCGGAAAUUAAUCCCGGCGUACUUUUCAUCGAUGAAGUACAUAUGCUAGAUAUUGAAUGUUUCUCCUAUCUGAAUCGCGCUUUGGAAUCGGAUAUGGCACCGGUUGUCGUAAUGGCCACUAAUCGCGGCAUUACACGCAUACGCGGUACGAAUUAUCGCAGCCCACAUGGCAUACCAAUAGAUUUAUUGGAUCGUAUGAUUAUCAUACGCACAGUGCCAUAUACCGAAAAAGAGAUAAAAGAAAUAUUAAAAAUACGUUGCGAAGAGGAAGAUUGUCUAAUGCAUCCAGACGCUUUAACCAUUUUGACACGCAUUGCAACGGACACCAGCUUACGUUAUGCGAUACAAUUGAUUACAACAGCGAAUUUAGUGUGCCGACGACGCAAAGCUACAGAGGUAACCACUGAAGAUGUGAAGAAAGUGUACUCAUUGUUUUUGGAUGAGAAUCGUUCCAGUCAAAUUCUGAAGGAAUAUCAGGAUGAAUAUAUGUUUAAUGAAAUACAGGAAGUUAGCGAUUGUGAAAUUGAACCAAAACGUGAGGAGACUGGCGGUGGCGACGAGCAGCCUAUGGAACAUUAAUGAUACAUUAGAGGGACGUAAGGGAGGACAUUGUUCAGUUCAAUUGCAUACAAACCUUCAUUUUACAGAUACAUAUUUUGCACUUUAAUUGAAACAGAAACCAUGUUAUUUUUAACGCUUUAAUAAUAAAAAUUAUAUAUAUCUAUGUAUUA